UUUCAUAACUCAGCUUACACAAACAACAAAGCCAGAAGAGAGAAUCCUCUCUCAAUCCGUUCGGUGUUUGUGUGUGUGUUUUUAACCGUCAACUGUGUGUUCUCGAGGUUUUAGAGAAGAAAUUUGGUGGAAUUUGCUGAAUUGUGAUCGAUUUCGUGAUUCAUAGCUGUAGAUUUUGCGACGGAGUAAUGGAUGACGGGAAGAAGAUGGAGACGACUGUCGUUAAUGGCUUCUCUCCGGUGUCUUCUGCUCCUGUUUUCUGGAAAUCUCGGAAGAGAUCAGCUAGUGCGAAGAAUUUGCACAAGGACAUAGCAGAUGAAGCCGACAAGAUGUCCGAGAAUAAGGAAGAGCAUUUGACUGAUGAAAAAAUGGAAGAAUCAACCCCGCCCACAGUUCUUUCCGAGAAACGUAAGGCUCUCUUUGAACCUCUGGAACCAAUAAUGGAUUUGAAUGGUAGAAGACCUACGGCUGAAUCUUUACUUCCCCCACCGGACUUUGACACCGCCAGUUAUCCUCGUGGAUGGCUAAUCGGGAAGAAACGGAAACUUGUAAAUGUGGAUGUUGUUGAAAGCAUGCGGAGGAUUGCAGUACAGGAAAUGAACAGAAAGGAUAGGGAGAUUAAUGGGCUAAACGAGCAGUUAGAAGAGGACGCACGUGUCCUCGAACACCUUCAACUUCAGCUCCUGGAUGAACGAAGCAAGCGUUCGGACGUUGAACGACAAAACACGAUGCUGCAGAACCAGGUGGAGAUGUUGAUGAAUAUGCUUCAGGAUCCUGAACAAAUCGAAGACGAUGAUCAAGGCUCACAACAACCCUAAUUAAGCUGCUUUAAAUUUUCAAUCAUUUUGUAAAAAAGCUAGAAUUAUACAAAUGAUGCAUGCAUCCUGUUUUUGUGUGUGUUUCUGCCAAAUAUUAUGUUCAUAUAAUUAGUGUUUAUCUAAAUGAACCACUGUCCCAAAAUGUACCAUAUCACAUGGAUAAUAAUAAUAAUCCUAUUUGUUUAUUUGUUA